GCGCAGGACAGUGCUGGGYGCUGUCGGAGCGCACCUGGAGGGGCCAGAACUCCGAGGGGCGCUGUGCCCAGAUCACCAAGAGUAGAGGGCGCCUCAUCCAACGAGCGCUCUUGGGUCUUUGCCAAGAGGCAGCUCUGGCCCCUUCAAGUACCUAAAGUCAAUCCUGAGACCCCAGACAUGUCCAGAGACAUCCUGAAGAGACUGAGCAACUAAAGAGCCUUAAGGUAUCCACAAGGAGAUUCCUGAAGUCAUCUCAGAGUCAGAGAGUUGGCCUGCCAUUUGCAUCCUCUGAUUCUCCCCAGCUUCAAUUUCUGUUGCUAUGGAGACUACCAAUGGGACUGAGAUGUGGUAUGAGAGCCUACAUGCGGUGCUGAAGGCCUUAAAUGCUACUCUUCACAGCAACUUGCUUUGCCGGCCAGGACCUGGACCAGGGUCAGAUAACCAGACUGAGGAGCGGCGGCUCAACCUCCCUGGCCGUGAUGACAACUCCUACAUGUAUAUUCUCUUUGUCAUGUUCCUGUUUGCUGUUACUGUGGGCAGCCUCAUCCUGGGAUACACCCGUUCUCGCAAAGUGGACAAGCGUAGUGACCCCUACCAUGUAUACAUCAAAAAUCGUGUGUCUGUGAUCUGACACAAAGGGGCUGGGGAUGGUGGAAGAUUAAGACACUUGAGGAUUGUCUUCUGGAACCUCCAGAACUCAGCUAUGGACCACAUCGGCUUCACUGUCUCUAUAAAGUCAACAAGAAACAGGGCUAAGGGAGGUCAUCAAUGGGAUGUGAGAGGAGGCUACCAGGCCUGGGCCUUGUGGCUAAAACUUUUUAUGUAACAGUGGGAGCCCAUGAACAAACA